CAAAGAAGACGCGGAAGAGGCGGAAAAAGAAGAAGCGGCAGUAGCAGCAGCAGUAGCGUGCUUGUGACGUGCACACUGGAUAGUCUACUUUCUAUUUUUAUAGCUCGUCGGUGUAUUACCACUAUAUAUAUAUAUAUAUAUGAGAGAGGUUUACAUCAAAAUGCCAGUCUUAAAGUCUGAAAGUAUUAGAUGGGAGACGCUGGAAGCUUUGAAAAACUCAGCGAAAGCAAAAGUCAAAUAUAGUCCAGAUUGGCUUGAAAAGGGGGAGGACAUUUUAGCAGGCUGUAAAGAGGUAACGAGCCUGUCCCCUCUCUCUGAACAAGUUCUAAAGAGACUGAGCCCUCAGACUGUUCUGAAAAGUGGUUCCUGCUUGGGGUCCAUGAUCCCUGAUGCAAGUACAUCUGAAGAUGGCCUUAACUCUGGUUCAGCAGCUGUUAAAAUGUUACAUACUUUCACUACUACAUCAUCCACCUCACCACUGCUGUUCACUGUCGAAAAUAAGGUGAAGGUGACAGAUGAUAAUUCGGAGAGUUUGAGCUCCACUGUGGACAUGUGCAGCAGUUUACCACCACCCAUCUCCCUCCUCUCACCCAAGGCCACUCAGAUGGCAGGAUGCAUCCGCAUCUGUGAGAAGAAACAUUGGGCUAAAGCCAAGGCAGAGCUGAACCUGAGGCAGGAGCUGCAAGAGUGUCUGGUGGCUGGUGUUGCCAGUCGGGAGUCAGAGCAGCUUAAACGCUUUGAGGAGUUCAUGGAGCUUAAGCAGAGACAGGAGUACCAGAGCAUGAGGGACAUGAUGGAAAAGGAAACACAGGAAAGCCUUGGACGCCAGGAGAAGUUAAAGGAAGAACACAGAAUGAAGAUCCUAAACUUGCGGCUGCGGGAGGCAGAACAGCAGAGGCUGAGGGAGGCAGAGCUUGAGCGGCAGAGGCAGCUGGAUGGCAGGGACAGGCUGAGAGCACUCAAUGCCAUUCAAGAGGAGGUGCUUAGGCUCAAUCAGCUCCUGGAACCUGCACCUUACACACAAACAAGCCCCACCUUGGACUAUACUUCAUACGUCACCCGUGGCAACCAGCUUUGUUCACAGGUUUCAGAGGUGGUACGCACUAUGACUGAAGGACAAUUUCCAACUGUUGAGGACAUGACUGUGGCAGAACGGGCACUACAGGAAAUGAGAACACUGGUUAGAGCCAUCCAGGAGGAGUUUGCUCAGGCACAAGAGCAAAAGAAGAUAGAGCAGGAGGAAGAAGAGUGCAGGAAGAAACAGGCAGGGAUGAAACCCCAGCAAGAAGAAAAGAAGAAAAGUGCAGCAUUACCUGUUAAAGAGAGAGUCAAAAAACAAGGCCUGCAGACUACAGCUGAUGACAGCACCUUGAAAUGGUACAAAGAACUGCAAAGUCUGGCCAGCCACUGCGCCCAGUCCUUUGAAGAUUUGAACAACACAAAGGAUAUGCAGACAAAAAAGAUGAGGAUGGAGCUCCAGAAGGCUGCAACAAUUCCUGUGAGCCAGAUCUCCAGUAUUUCAGGUUCCCAGCUGAAGGAGAUUUUUGACAAGAUUGACAAACUGUUAUUAGGACAACCAGUUGUGUCUGGUGGAAAGUCAGUUUCCACAUCCCAACAUCCUCAUGGACUAGAAUUUGUGAGCUAUAAAUUGGCAGAAAAGUUUGUGAAACAAGGAGAAGAGGAGGUGGCAUCUCACCAUGAAGCUGCAUUACCCAUUGCAGUUGUAGCCUCAGGUGUGUGGGAGUUGCAUCCUAAAGUAGGAGACCUCAUCUUAGCCCAUCUCCACAAGAAGUGUCCAUAUGCUGUUCCUCACUACCCUCCAAUGAAGGAUGGCACCUCCAUUGAAGAAUAUCAGCAGAUUCUGGGAUAUCGUGUGGAUGAGUCAGGGGUGGAAGGUCAGGACAGUUUCUUAAAAAGGAUGUCUGGAAUGAUCCGAUUAUAUGCAGCCAUAAUACACCUACGAUGGCCUUACACUAACAAACAAGGGGCUGGUCCUCAUGGAAUGAAUCAUGGCUGGCGUUGGUUGGCCCAAAUGCUGAACAUGGAACCUCUUGCUGAUGUUACAGCAACUCUUCUGUUUGACUUUCUAGAGGUUUGUGGAAAUGCACUUAUGAAACAAUACCAAGGGCAGUUUUGGAAACUUCUAGUCCUCCUCAAAGAGGAAUACUUUCCCAGGAUUGAAGCAGUCACCAGCAGUGGACAGAUGGGCUCUGUAACAAGACUUAAGCACUUUCUGGAGAACUCAUUAAGAAACCAGCAGAUUGAGCCACCCAAAGGACAACUAAACUCAGCCUUCUGGAGAUCCUGAAGGUUUUGAUUGUUCAUCUGUCAACUACCUCAAUGCUUAUAGAGAACACAUCAUGAAUCCUGACAUCCAAUUUAAACUAAAAAGAAAAUAGUUAGUUAUUGUGGGAUCCCACAAAUCCAUGGAUGUUCUGCAGUUUCUUUUUACGCAUGUUACAGAAUCAAAUUAUUUUGGUAUACAUAUGAUAAAUAUACACUCUGUGGUCACUUUAAUAGGAACACCUGUACCCCUGCUAAUUGAUGCAAUUAUCACGUGGCAGCAGAGCAGAGCAAUGCAUAAAAUCAUGCAUAUAGAGGUCAAGAACCUCACUUAACGUUCACAUCAAACAUAGGAAUGUGAUCUUGGGGACUUUGGCAUGGUUAUGACUACAACACAGGUUCACUGAACCGGGACCAUUUAAAAAUCGUGGAGGGGAAAAAAAACCUGGUCUUUUUCCAAUAUUUAGCUGUCCAGUUUCUCUUGUCUUUAGCUUUCCAGUUUUUCUGUUCACCAUGGUUGUAAAGAGCAGUUCUCAUAGACCUCGUCACCUCCUGGCAGACCUGCUGCUCACUGGAUGUUUUUUUCCCCCCUCAUAAUUGUGUGAGCUCUACUGUCUUAUGCAUGAAAAUAAUAGGGGAAUCAGCAAUUUCCAAAAUAUGCAAACCAGAACAUAUGACCAUAUUUUUCCCCAUUUUGAUGUUUGUUGUGAACAUUCAUUGAAACCCUUGACUUGUAACAUGAGUGGCUGAUUAGAUGGUUUCAUGUGCAGCGUUACAGGUGUUUCUAUUAAAGUGCCUAGUGUGUGUUUCACGAUGUAUUAUAUAUAGCCUGCGGUGUAUGUUCCCAGGUUUAGUUCUUGGACAAAAAUGUAGAUGUUUAUUAAUGAUGUAAAUUGACUGGCACAUGUCACUAAUGAAGAGUACAUCAUGUUUAUAAUUUUAUAAUGACUACAAAUCUACAGACAGUAGAAAACAUAUUACUGUGUCAUUGAUGAAUUGUGUAGACAUGCUGGGCUAUUAAUGACGAUUAAUCUUUUAAACAAACAUGAAAUGAUGGUGACGGUCUUCCCACGUCUAAACAAUAUUUCAUUCCUUUCUGAUAAAAUACAUUAAAAAAAACUAAUGUUUAGGAAGCAUGGCAAUAAAACUUUAAGACUGGGUUUUAGUCAGGAGUCAGUUGCAACCAACAAGGUUAAUAAAUGUAUACAUUCAGAUCAUCUCCAUGUUUGCAGUUUUAUGGCAGGGAGCAUUCCCUCACUCCAGUUGGUUAGACCUUCUGCGGGUACAAAGAGACUUUAGGGAAAAGAUGUUCAUUGUCCCAAAUGAACUAACCAUCAGGUAUAACAAUGAUUGGAGGAUUGCUGUUCAACUUUUUGAGUACCAGCAGUGAAUUCAGUUUGAAGUGACUGUAUUAAAGAAAGCUAAUGCACUGAAGAGAAUUUCAUUUGCUUUCCAUGUUUCUUGGGGACUGUAGCUACAUGCCCAAGGUGUAAAACGCACAUUUUGUCUAUUUAUUGGAACCAGAUAUUUAUUCCUGAAACGUCCACCUCCAGUACACAUUAGAUCAAGGUGACCAUUUAUUGGUUAACUUGCUUUGGAUAUUCGGACUAAACCCAUUCACGGGAGUUGACUUGUUAAAUGGGCUAAAACAAUAAGAAUUCAGUAAUAACUAUUAUAUCUUUGAUAAUGGUGUGUUAUUUGCACUGCUGCCACAGAAAAUCAUAGCCCCCUGGCCAUCCCCCUACCCAACUUUGAGAACCACCCAUGUACUUGAACAUAGCCUGGCCCUGACCUAGUAACUAUUACUUCUGUUCUCAUUGUACAGUCAUGCUCCUAUUUGUUACAGUAUCAUUUGAGCUGUUUUCAUUCUAGGCUUGGCAUUCCAACCAAGUGCACAGCCGAAGAUAAUGACAAGAGAAGAAUUUGAGGCCUUGGAUCAGUCUUUGGUGGCCUUGACUAGACAGACAGCUACAGGAACAUUUUGCCUCAACAUUCGAUACCAAAAUCUUUCAAAAGCAGACCCAUCGGGGGGGAGCACCUUUUCUUCAUGUAAAGGGCUUAUCACUAGAAAAGUUUAGUUGAAAAAAAAAGAUGGAAAUAAAUUCCUACACUUUGUUCUUUUCAUACAAAUCUUCAAAUUUCACUACAAAUCACAUGUUCACAUUGUGUUUUAUUUUAAACAAAGCAAACUGAUCUAAAGUUACGUUUGUGUAUAAGAUACAAGAUUAGUAAAAUGUACACAACCUAUGCAGCAGAGCCAAAACUUGCAGGCAGACUAUUUAUUUUUAAGGAUUUUAUUUUAUCAAAAUGUCAUUUCAUAUCCAAUGAAUGUCUGUGAAACAAGAUUUAAAUAAAAAAAAUAAAAUAAAAAAAAAAGGAAAUUGUUUCCAAAUACCCUUGUUUCCUCCCUUGCUGAGGGUCAGCCCUCAUAAAAUUACAAACUCACAGAGGGGAGAGAAGUAUGGUUGUGAUUUAUGUUCUUGAAACCACAAGCUAGAGGGGAAGACUCAAUCACUAAGCAGUUGUAAUGCCAUGAGCAACAAAGCCGUUAAGAAGGAAGCUGGAAAUACAGAUCACACACCAUGGCCUUUGUUCAUUUAACCACACUAACAGGAUGAAAUAUGCAUAUACACAUUUAUAUAAAAAGUUUACCUAUUUGCAAGUCUACUCCAGACAGUGUGCUGCUUAUAUUACAGUGUGUUUUGCCUUCUGUUUUAUUCCUCAAAAUGUACUUGGGAAUUGAGAUUAAUUGCCAUAGCAGCAGUCUCUUCCUGGGUGGAUUUCAACAUGGCACUGUCGGGACAGGAGAGGGAGCACAAAAAAAAAACCAAGACAAGAAGGAAAGGGGGCAAAAAGGAUGCAUUUUUGCUCCCAAGAAUCACCAAAGUAGCAGAUGGGUUGUGG